UUGCUGUGGUGAUGGCGUUGGCAGCCUGAUAGGGCGUUGGCUAGUCUUGCUGGGCAGAGAUAAGCGCCUUUUGGAAGACUGGUGUGUUCGUGCAUGUGCACGUGCGUAGGGGGUGGGGGCCCCUGGAUGUGAAACGGACAUCUAUAGACAACAAGAUAGUUCUGGAAAUCCUCGCGUCACCGAGUAAAGAUUUGAAAGCCCACUGGGAAAUGUGUUAGGAUAGUUCCUUUUGUUCAGUGUGAGAGUUUUUGAUGAUUUGCUGGGUAACACAGAUGUUUAAGAAUCUGAACAGAAUGUUUCAUGGAUCUUACAUUUCUACAUAAGCCUUUAGGUUCAGAAACACAACUGAAAUGACCCAUUUUGCCAUCUGAGAACCAUUUGGCUGAAAUCAUUUAGGGGAACAGCGCUUUUUUGUCAUCUAAAAUGAUGCAAAAGCGGCAAACCUGGACUUCCCCCGGCAGUGUGAGCUCCUCGCGGGGUACCAUUGUCCCUGGAUCCCCAGCAGUCACCAUUGUGGCAAAAAUUGACAAUCAGGUCAUCGGAUAUAAAGAUUUGGCAGCCAUACCGAAAGACAAAGCUAUACUCGAAAUUGAACGGCCAGACUUAAUGAUCUACCAACCCCACUUCAGCUACGUGUCUCUGGACAAAUCAGAUGAAUUGCCUAGCAGUAGAGAGAGAUCCAUGUCACCCCGCUCGAUCUCGCCCCCACCCUCUCCUGAGAGCUCCACGUGCAAGGAGCCCAGAGAGGGCCUGGAGCCGAAGUCCCCAGCAGGGUCGUCCCCAGCCCCCGUGGUGCCAAACCGCGGAAUAAGCAGUACAGUCCGUCCUCUGCAGCACUUCCACAGGCCCCAAAACGGCACCAACAUCUACAAGAAGCCACCAAUUUACAAACAAGAUCUGUUGGUGUCGAUUCCGCAGAGUAAACACAUAGAGGACCUCAUCAUCGAGUCGUCCAAAUUCCCUGCAGCACAGCCUCCUGACCCCAACCAGCCCUCCAAGAUUGAGACAGACUACUGGCCCUGCCCGCCCUCCCUGGCUGUUUUGGGUAAGCCUUCACCCUCUGCCCAGGUGUCUAAAUGGGCAGGAAGCCUGAUGUAUUGUGACCACAAAUGCUCAGUAGGUCUUAAAAAUAGAUCCGCAGUGAAUGUUUUCCUAUGGCAGACUUUCUGCAGGGGUCUGAUACAACGAUUUAUCUCUCAGAUCCAAUCCAACCUCGGGAAAUUAAUUUUGAAGGAAGAAAUAGAGAGAUCAGUUCCCAAUCAAAAGAAAACUCGCUCCCUUCCGGAUAGGACUCCCAUGCACCUAGGGCCAUCUUCCAGAGCUUCCAAAUCCACCUCUCUUCCAUCAUGCAACAGAACCGGUUUAACUCGGCUCCAGUCAGAUGAGUUCUCACCUGACAGCGAUAAUGGAGGAUCAUCAGGUCUUCAGAUUUAUCCCUAUGGAAUGCUCAUGGUGACUCACAGAGGCCAGAGUAAGCUCCCCUCCGACGUUGACCGAACAAAACUUGAGCGUCACCUGGCUCCAGAAGAAUUCCUGGACGUGUUUAAAAUGUCCAUCGAGGACUUUGAUCAGCUUUCUCUCUGGAAACAAAACGACUUGAAAAAGAAGGUUUUGCUGUUUUAGCGAGAAGAGACUUACUCAUGAACACAGACUACCGCACGUCUUUGGAAACACAUUCAAGAAAAGAAUCAAAUACAGAAAAUAUCAAAUGCUAAACUUGGAAUGGAACAAAAGUCCCAUUCCUGAGUCAUAGUCACCUAAAAAUCGACUAUCGACAGUUUUAAAAACUUAGGGUCUAGUAGCUGUGUCUCUUUCUCAUACUACAAUAGCAACAGAGGAUCGUAUGGAUUGUGCAAAAGCCUGUCGAAGUGACAUAUCUUCUGACUGGUAUUAUUCAAAUUGGUACCAACAAAGAAAUAAGGUUACCAACACUUACUUGCUACAUCCCACAGGCAGGGAAGUGAGUUCAAUUAUAGACCAAGCUACUCUAUUAGUCCUCAUUUUAUAUCAGAGCAGCACUGCCACUAAGACUUUAGCGAGGAAAACUAUUAACUUACUUCUCAGUAUAUUGAACCGAGCAGCUGGGUAUCAGUUAACAUGCAGUACACUUCUAUUGACAUUGAAAUACCAGCAGAAUUAAUGGGCUGAUUUACUUGACCCUGUUUAUUCAAACAUAGAAGAAUGUUUUUGAAUUGUUUCUCAGUCAUUUUGAUAGUUUUCGUUUCAACUAAUCUGUUUUUGGAAGUGGUGGAACUUCAGAUAGAUGCAUUUUGAUUCCUUUCCUAAAAGAGCUGAUGAUAGACUAUUCUAUAUUAUUACUAUUUAGCUCCAACAAAAUUGCACCGUCUAGAAAUCUGCAGCUGAGUUUUUGGCUGAUCUGCAUUAGCAUGUUAAACCUUCACUGAUGUUAGUCUCAACUAGUGUCUUCAAUAUUGUUCUACAUAGACGGAGCCUGACGUCUUAAAGGUACGCAGGACACAUUGUCGGUGCCUACCUUUAUUACCUGUCUGGUCCUAUUGCUACAAUACCUGCACAUUUGUAAGCACCUUUAAGGUUUUUUGCUUUUGUUUUGAUGAGGGCAGUGUCGGUAUUGAUUUGUAUCACCAUAACAAGCGCAAUGUCUGCAUCUGCAGCUCUGGCUACUCUUCUGUUAUCAUCACUCAUUUACUUGUUUACUGUCCAGAUAGACAAAAAAGGAUUUGGUAACUUAUGAGUUUGGAGUAUUUCUCCAUCAUAUCUGCACAGAAGCAAGUUCUGUGCAUCAUUCGUUUGUUCUUUGUAGGCAGUUUGUAUUUUUUUAUGUAGAGAACAGCAUGAGUUUACAAAAGGCCUCAUUUAAAAGUAUUGAUAGCUAUUGAUGGGGAACUACAGGUUGUCUUUAAAGUCAUUGACAAGGGCAAAAAAGUGAUCACAAACGCUCCACUCACUGGGGAAGUCAAAGAAGCACAGAUACUUGCAGGGAUAGGUCACUGUGGUGUGUGUGUGUGUGUGUGUGUGUGUGUGUGGAUGGGAUCCAUGGGCGGACCACAGGGGUUACAGGCCAGAUGGGUGCCCCACAAUCUCUACAUCAUAAACCCUUUCAGCUACGUCCUUGAGAAGCAAUAGUAAUUGAUAUGUUCCCUUUUGAACUUAUUUUCACUGGUAUGGAAAGCAGAGCAUAGUAGGGCAGCAGGAUUCAUGUGAGGGAAUGUGCCUUAGUCCUAACCUACCCCUGUCCAUUGGCUGCCUGACAGGGGGGGGCGGGGUGGAA